ACAAAAGGAGCCACGUCACACAACUUUUUUCCCAAACAAACAAGAUGGAGCCCUUUUGAAGAAUUAGGUAAUAACAAAGCUGAAAAUAAUUUGUACCAUUGAGUUCACCAUGAAAUGUUUUCGUAAUAGCGAUGAUCCAACAUAAGUAUGUAAUUAUGGGUUCUGCGUGGGUGACUAUCAUUUGCGCGUUUCUGUUUCUCUCCCCACCGACAGAGGCCUUGUUUACGUUCCUCCCAAUGUUCAAGUACGAGAUGAAUUGCUCAGUUCACUGUAGAUGCAUUGACAGCACCAUAGAAAGUAUCAUGAAACAAUACUACUUCAAACAUUUGUCCAUCAUGGGCUCUGCGUAUAGGACGGACAUACAGGAUUUCGACAUGAAGUCAGAGUACAAGAGCUUCUUGGGGGUUUUCGCGAAGAUUUUCAACAAUAUAAUGCUUGUGUUGUGUGAACUGUCAGACGGACGAGUCCACACGAUCACCUCUUUACUGAACGGCGUGGACAGCAGCAUGUACACCGCUCUUGAUGUGAAGUGCAUCAAGAAGGAGAUGAUUAUCUGGGACAUCCCUUCCUGGCACAGUUCUUUCAACAUCUUCGUCAGCGACAGUUGUAAGGUGUCCACUUACAAAGACUCACUAAUCGUGGUCCCCAUGAAUAUGUGGAUAAUGGACAUAGACGCCGGGGGCGAACAUGUAAUGAGAACCAUUGACCUGAGCUACACUCUUAACACACUUUCGCUAGCACUAGCGGGGUCCAGAAGCAAGUUCAUUCCUCAGAAGUGGAGCAACGCCUACAUGUGCUCAGUGACAUUGCUUAGCUUUAAAGAUAAUUGGUUAGAAGAUUUCAAUUGCAUCAUAACUCUUACAAAAAGACUUGACACACUAGACCUGGAAGGCAAUGUCAUGACACGCUUCCCAAAGUGCCUCUUGGAAUCCAAAUACAGAUCCCUAAGUUACUUAUCCCUUGCAUACAAUCGAAUUGAUGACAUAUCGCCCAUGUACGACUUGCCUGGAAACACUGGCGUACCAGACAUCAAUAUCAUUAACCUGAGUUACAACGAUAUUAGUGAGGUACACACUUUACGAGAUAUGGGCCGGCUAAAAAUCUUAGACUUAAGCUACAAUAAAAUCCAAGAGAUAUCUGCGAAUGUAUUUGUCAACCUGAAGCAUCUAAACAAACUAUUUCUCAGCAAUAACAACCUCUUUAAGCUCGACCUACAGAUGCUCCUUCCUAGCAGUAAUCUGGAAACGCUGGAUGUUAGUCACAAUUACAUUCUGUCCGUGAAUGAAGCUAGUGUCGUGAACAUAAACAAAACUAUACUCGAGCUAGAUUUACAAUAUAAUAGAUUGUCAUACCCUCCGCUAAAAGACUGUACGAAAAUGUUGCCUACAAAUAAUAACCUCAAAAUUUUAUCCGCCUACAAUCCUUAUUUGUGUGACUGCAGUUUCAUUGUGUUCGAGGCAUGCAUUAAUCGGCUUGAAAUGCAGAACAGAAGUUCAGUGAAACAUGUUUUCCAUGACUUGAACCAGAUGAAGUGUUAUUUCCCACCUACUAAUAAAGGUAUCGCGAUUCGAGAUUUAAACUUUCACAGAUACUGCGUAAUCCUGGAGGACUGCCCUCCGUCUUGCACUUGUUAUUUGCAGGAGAGGAACACACUAAGAGUUAACUGUUCGUCAAGACGACUCCUGGAGAUGCCGGUCAUCAUUCCCAAGCUGACCAACGUCUACACAAUUCUGUACCUCGACCACAACCCACUAGGAUAUUUAGGCUACCAUUCCUAUUUGAGUCGAUUGUCGGAGAUUUACCUAGAUCAUUGCUUGCUUACAACAGUAACGCUGUCUGCUUUAGCGGCUCUCAAAAACAUUAGAGUGAUGACCCUACACAACAAUCUCCUUCAGAAACUUCCCACCAGUACCAGUAACAUUACUUUGGAAAAAGCCACGAACAUAACUUUACACAAUAACAGGUGGGCGUGUUCAUGUGAAAGUCUUUGGCUGCCCCGAUGGAUAAGCAAGCACAGUGCAAUCAUUUGGAAGCCAGAGAAUAUUUCCUGCGACUACUUACAAAUAGCAAUGCGGGAUGUGAGUAAGUCGAACUGUGAUGAAAAAAGACAUCUCAAUCACGAUUACUUGGCUGUUUUCCUUGUCGCGUGCGCGUUCUUAGCCAUGACGCACGUAUACUUUUUGUACCGCCGAGAUGUUCCGAUUUUAAUGGAAAGCAAAACAUGGAACAUUUUCGCACAUGCGAUGAUCCAACGUAAGUAUGUAUCGAUGGGUCCAGCGUGCGUGGGGAUCCUUCCGGCGUUUUUGUUUCUCAGCCUACCAACAAACGCCUUCUUUUCAUUCCUCCCAAUGUUCCAGUACGAGAUGAAUUGCUCAGUUCACUGUAGAUGCAGAGACAGCACUCUAGAAAGUACCAUGAAACAAUACUACUUUAAACAUUUGUCCAUCAUGGGCGCUGCGUAUAGGCCGGACAUACAGAAUUUUGACAUAAAGUCCGAUUACAUGAGCUUCUUGGGGAUUUUCGCACCGAUUCUUCACAACAUAGCGCUUGUGUCAUGCGAACUGUCCGACGGACGUAACCACACGAUCACCUCUUUACUGAACGGCGUGGACCACGGCAUGUACACCGCUCUUGAUGUGAAGUGCACCAAGAAGGAGACGAUUAUCUGGGACAUCCCUUCCUGGCACACAUCCUUCAACAUCUUUGUCAGCGACAAUUGCAACGUGACCACGUACUCACAGUUAGUGGUCCCCAUGAAUAUGUGGAUAAUGGACAUAGACGCCGGGGGCGAACAUGUAAUGAGAACCAUUGACCUGAGCUACACUCUUAACACACUUUCGCUAGCACUAGCGGGGUCCAGAAGCAAGUUCAUUCCUCAGAAGUGGAUCAACGCCUACAUGUGCUCAGUGACAUUGCUUAGCUUUAAAGAUAAUUGGUUAGAAGAUUUUAAUUGCAUCAUAACUCUUACAAAAAGACUUGACACACUAAACCUGGAAGGCAAUGUCAUGACACGCUUCCCAAAGUGCCUCUUGGAAUCCAAAUACGUCUUUCUUAACUACCUAUCCCUUGCCCACAAUCGAAUUCAAGACUUAUCGCCCAUGUACGACUUGCCUGGAAACACUGGCGUACCAGACAUCAAUAUCAUCAACCUGAGUUACAACGAUAUUAGUGAGGUACACACUUUACGAGAUAUGGGCCGGCUAAAAAUCUUAGACUUAAGCCAUAAUAAAAUCCACGAGAUAUCUGGGAAUGCAUUUGUCAGCCUGAAGUACCUUAACACACUCUUACUCGGCAAUAACAGACUCUUUAAGCUCGACCUACAGAUGCUCCUUCCAAGCAGUAAUCUGGAAAAGCUGGAUGUCAGUCACAAUUACAUACUGUCCGUGAAUGAAGGUAACAUUGUGAACAUAAGUAAAAGUACACUCGAAUUAGAUUUACAGUACAAUAGAUUGUCCAACCCACCACUAAAAGACUGUAGGAAAUUGUUACUUACAAAUACGAACCUCAAAAUUUUAUCCGCCUACAAUCCUUAUUUGUGUGACUGCAGUUUUAUUGGGUUUGAGUCGUGUAUGAAGUGGCUGGAAGAACAGAACAAAAGUUCCGCGAAACACGUUUUCCAAGACUUGAACCAGAUGAAGUGUUCUUCCCCGCCUAGUAAUAAAGGUAUUACGGUUCGAGAUUUAAACUUUCACAGGUACUGUGUAGUUCUGGAGGACUGUCCUCCGUCUUGUACUUGCUAUUUACAGGAGAGGGAUAUUUUAAAAGUAAACUGUUCGUCAAGACGAUUCCUGGAGAUGCCGGUCAUCAUUCCUAAUUUGACCAACGUCUACACAGUUCUGUACCUCGACCACAACCCGCUACAGUCAUUAAACUAUCAGCCAUAUUUGAGUCGAUUGUCAGAGAUUUACAUUGAUAAUUGUUUACUGACAACAGUGAUGCCGUCUGCUAUAGCGGCUCUCAAAAACAUUAGAGUGAUGACCCUACACAACAAUCUCCUUCAGAAACUUCCCACCAGUACCAGAAACAUUACUUUGGAAAAAGCCACGAACAUAACUUUACACAAUAACAGGUGGGCGUGUUCAUGUGAAAGUCUUUGGCUGCCCCGAUGGAUAAGCAGGCACAAGGCGGUCCUUUGGAAGCCAGGGAAUAUAUUAUGUGACUACUUCCAAAAACCCUUGGAGGACGUGAGUGAGGCAGACUUGAACUGCAAAAGCUGGUCGGCCAUGGACAAUUUCUUGACUGUAAUCCUCUUUGUGUUAUCGACCGUUGCCACAGUGAUACUAUUCUUCUGUUACAACACCGAUAUUUGUGCUAUAGUAUAUAGUAAACUGGGAAUAGAAUUUAAUUCCAGAUUGUUAUACGGAGACCAGUAUUGCCCUUUCGACAUUCUAAUUUCAUACGGGCAAGACAACUAUAAGUGGGUAGUCGACACAUUGGUUCCUUACCUCGAGAAAAACCCCGGAGGGUAUCGUGUCUGCUUAAACCACAGAGAAUUUCCGUCCAGCGACUGCGUUCUGGAAACCUUACCAACCGCUGUACGUUUAAGUCGCAGCGCCAUCCUCGUCCUUAGCAAAGAAUUCCUUCAAAAAGAAUGGUGCAUGCUGGAAGUACGAGUAGCGAUCCAACGCCUGCUGCUAGUGGGCAGCAAAUUGCUGAUCAUAUGCAUGGAUAAGGUAAACGUGGACGAGCUAUCCCCAGAACUAAGAGCCUACAUCCACACACACCAUUACCUGAGAUACGAUGAACACGACUUUUGGGUGAAGCUGGACUUGUUUCUGCCACGAAAACUCAUACGGAACUCGGAGCCAGUCGUGCAAGAUUCAAGUUUAGCCGCCGGCGGCGACUGUGCGUCCAAAAGCAUCGACAAGUGCGAAGAAAACGAAGGUACGGACUGCACAGAAGCUUUGUGAGAACUAGACGUGUGUUACUUCAGACAAUCUGUAGGCUGUGCUCGACACCCUCCUCUACAAUUACACUGCACUGCUCGUGUUUGCGGAUACAGGCAUGCACUAGUAUCGUUUGAAAACAUCUCUUGAUAGAUAGAAUUAUGAAGAAACUUUCUAGCAUUUUUACAUACUUGCUUGUUACCUAAAAGCAUACUUACAAAAAAUAUGCCAUCAUACACUCGUAGAUAUAUCAUUAUGCAUUUUUUAAAAUAUUUUCUUCUUAAUACAAAUUUUGUAUCGAUGUCAAA